UUUACUCUGCGACGCUGUUUACAAUCAUGGCGCUGCGCUGUCGCUGCUGCGAGGACUCAGUACCCAAUUAUAGAACAUUUAGGCAGUGGAAAGUAGCAUGCCGUAUGAUUUCCCUUUAAAAACCGUUGCCGAUCAAGCUAUUUUUGACCUUAUAAGGGCUACGGUCAUAUAAUGCUGCCUUAUUGUCGGCGUUUCGAACUGACAGGCAGCACGUGUUUUUGUCUCUGCUGUAAACUCCUUCUCGGAAAUGGAUAUUAAUGGUUUGCCCAAAGAAGGUGAUGGAUCCACCUUCUUUGGUUUGCCCUCGGGCGAAGAAUUGGAGAGCAAACAACAUGGCUCUGCUGAUCAUUCCCGAUCCCAGAUGGUCUUGGACAUGUUCGAGUUUAUGCAAAUCGAUGUGGAUUUGGAACCCACCUCAACCGCUGGGGUGGACAUGACUUGUUCUAAAAAUGUCUUGCGUAAACAACGGAAUUGGGAAAGGAGGCUCGCGGCCAAAAAGAUGAAGAGAAAGGAGGAGAAACAGAGAAGGAGACUGAAUCAGACCGGCGAGAAAGAUGCUGAGCAGCACAGUAAGCGUGUUCUGAAGGCGAUCACGAGGGAGCGCUUGGCUGAGGCCAGCAUAUCGGGACCGAGGCUGUGUGUGGACCUCAGCAUGACAGACUGCAUGUCCCCCAAGGAGUUGGGCCGCCUGGCAGGACAGAUCCGGAGGCUGUACGGAAGCAACCGGAAGGCCCAGAGUCCCUUCCACCUGUACCUCACUGAGUUCCGCCAGGAUGGGCGGCUUUACGCUGAGUGCCUGCGAAUGAACGAUGGCUUCCAGGACUAUAAGAUGGAGAUGACGGAGGACAGUUGGCUUGAUUUGUUCCCUGUGGAGGACAUCGUCUAUCUGACACCAGAUGCCGAGCAAGCUCUGACAACUGUGAAUGACGACACGAUCUACAUCCUUGGAGGGCUGGUUGAUGAGAGCAUACAAAAGAAAAUCAGUUAUUCCCGUGCUGCGGAGGGUGGUGUACGGAUGGCGAGGCUACCCAUCGAUGAGUACAUGGUUCGCCGUCCAAACGCCAAGAACUUCCACUCCAAGAUCUUGGCCAUUAACCAGGUGUUUGAGAUCCUCCUGGUGUUUCGUGAAACAGGAAGUUGGGAGCGGGCUCUUCCUGUUGGGGUGCCUUCUGGGAAGGGAUACAUGCUGCCCACGGAAGCCGCUGCAGCUGAGGACAAGUCAUAAUGCCUGUGGUGUGUGAGUGUGUGCGUGCUUAUGUGUGUGUGUGUGUGUGUGUGUGCGUGUGUGCGUGCUUGUGUGUGUGUGUGUGUGUGUGUGUGUGUGUGUGUGCGUGCUUAUGUGUGUGUGUGUGUGUGUGUGUGUGUGUGUGGGCUCUCAAAAGAAGGCUUACUUUUUGUACAUUAUUUUAAUGUAUUAUUUUAAACUUUUAUCCCUUUGAUCAACUGCUUUUUUUUUAAAGACGAGUCUGUGUGCCUGUGUACAUUUUGUUUGUGUUAAUUACAGUGGUGGACUGUGAUUCUGUUUAUUUUUAUACUUGCAAUAAAGCUGCAUCAUGUUUGCCUGAUAUAAAAGUGUUGUAGUAUCGCAAAUGUCCACCAGAUGGCGAACAGAUCACAGGAGAUCAGCUGCCUUUACAAUAAAAUGCACAUUGCACUCUCAAGGAAACCUUGUGCAGCCAUUUCUUGAAUUACAUGCACAUGAUCCUG